GCCAUUGGAUGGACGUCAUCGCCGAGCGCCGUAGGCAGGGCUGCGGCGUCGCAGGGCGGGCGGAGUGGCGGGACGGAGCUCUCGCCAUGUUCGCGGAGAGGUUCCCGGGCCGAGGCAGCGAGGGCAUCGAGUUGUCAGCAGAGGUCAAACCAUUUGUUCCAAAAUAUGCAGCGGUAACUGUGGCAUGGUCAGAACCCUCAGCAGCAUGUGUCUUUCCUAGGUACUUAACUACAGGCUACACAUUUGUUCAGGAACCGUCUUUGGAUAAGCAACGAGUAUAUGCUGAAGAUUUGCCUGGGGAUGACAUCUCAUCUCUUUCUCAAUGUCCAUCACAUAGUGUUGUGAGAGAUCCUGCUUUACAUGAAAACUCCAGCAGCUCAUGCUCACCUGAUGUUUCAAAUUCAAAUCCAGUAGCUGCCUCACAGUGUCAUUCAUAUGGGUCAACAUACUGUAAUGGUUCCAGAAUAGUCAGCGAAUCUGCUGAACAAAAGUAUCCAAUCAGACAAGAGAGUAAGAGUCUUUCAAAGCAGAGGAAAGCAAAGGAGAGUGAGAAAAAAUCAGACAAGAAAAAUCAAGAUGAAGAGGACUCUUCUGCCAGCACUGUGAAAAGGACUGCAUUACAGACCUCUGCAGGCAGCAGAGAUUCCGUGAAGCCAGACAGGUUCAAUAAAACUGCAAGCAAGAAGUCAACUCAAGCUCCAAAAAUAGAGCCUUUUCCUGUAUCUGCAUUUGAAACUACUAUUGUGGAUUUCCACAAGUUACAGAGUUUGAGAAGCAGUGAGAUAUUGAAUGCGCAUCGUAAAAAUGGACCGGCGUGUUCAGUGGAAAGUAACAUUAUGUGCCUUAGUCAACCACAGAUGUCUCCUUUGUUGAACACAGAGCUUUCUUCAGGGAAGUGCUUUUAUUCACACUCCUAUGAUACCCGGGAAGACGUUUCUGUGGAAAGCAUUGCCUCAUCAAAAGCUUUAAAAGAAACAGUAGCAAGCUUAAUUCCCUCUUCAUUUGAUAGUGGAGUAUUUCCUGAAAAAUCUACAGAUGGUUCUGCUCAGCCAUGUGUGUCUUGGGCCAUGGUACUUUCACAGCCCCCAAAGAAAACUUUUUCAUCACCAGCAUCUGAAUGUUUUCCCAGAUACAAAGGGAAGCAGGAUAGUAAAGCAAAGGAAGAAACAAAAAAUGGUGGUAGUGAAACUGAGCCUGAGGAAGGGUCAGAAAAGAAGAAGAAGAAGAGGAAAAAGAAAAAGAAAAACAAGUCACCUACUAAUGUAGAGAAGCCUCAUAAUGAAUCUACUACAGUGCAGGAACCACCGAGGAUUGAGGAUGCUGAGGAGUUUCCUGAUCUGGCAGCUGCUUCUGAUGGGAGAAAGAGAUUAGGAUCUCAGAAAACAUCACUUACUCCUGCUGGCAGAAAGCAAGCUGAAAUCCAUCUACCCAGGGUGUCUUGCAACAGUUGUUCUUCCACAGUGGAUGGGGCUCUCAAGGUUGAUGUGCUAUCAGGGAAGCAAGCUUCAUCUUUUAUGUUAGAAAAGAAGAAAAUGCAGGAAACAUCCAAGAGCGGUGGUAAGAAGAGUCAAAUUCCUGUGCAGUUGGAUUUAGGUGGCAUGUUGGCAGUCUUGGAGCAGAAACAGCAAACAGAGAAGUCAAAACAGUAUUCUAAAUCUGUGGUGUUUUCAGUUGCUGGUGCCAUACCAUUGCUUUCUAAAGAAUCUGCUACAGCCACAAAAAAUCACCGGUUAAACCAAGGAAAGAUGCCUCAUAACCCCUUGGAUUCCAGUGCUCCUUUGGUGAAGAAAGGAAAGCAGAGAGAAGUCCCUAAAGCAAAGAGACCAACACCUCUUAAAAAGAUUAUUUUGAAAGAAAGAGAACUGCGAAAACAGCAACACCUGUUAGAACAGACAGCAGUACCAAAAGAUGGAGGUAAUUGUUGUGUGUCUGCAGAAAAUACUACUGGAGAUGAAGCACUUCCACAGGAUAGUCAAGCAGUUGUUCCAGUAAUGCAAGUUGCUGAAGGGCUUCUGGGGAGCACAAAGAUGAAGGAAUCUACAGAAAGCUCUGUGACUUCAAAGCAGUCAACCAGUAAUCUUCCAAAAAUCCAUAGCAGAAGAUUUAGAGAUUAUUGCAGCCAAGUACUUAGUAAAGAAGUUGACAGUUGUGUGACAGAUCUCUUAAAAGAACUGGUUCGGUUCCAAGAUCGUUUGUAUCAGAAAGACCCAGUAAAGGCGAAGAUAAAACGCAGGCUUGUCAUGGGCCUUAGAGAAGUUUUGAAACAUCUGAGGCUGAAAAAACUGAAGUGUGUCAUCAUCUCUCCUAAUUGCGAAAAGAUUCAGUCAAAGGGUGGAUUGGAUGAGACGCUGCAUAAUAUUAUUGACUGUGCCUGUGAGCAGAAUAUACCAUUUGUUUUUGCCCUUAAUCGCAAGGCCCUAGGCCGCUGUGUGAACAAAGCAGUGCCUGUGAGUGUAGUGGGAAUUUUUAGCUAUGAUGGAGCUCAGGAUCAUUUUCAUAGAAUGGUACAACUGACAACAGAGGCCAGGAAGGCCUACAAAGAUAUGGUAGCAGCUUUAGAGGAAGAAGCUGAAGGAAGACAAACAGAAACUAAACUCAGCAUUGUAACCACUGAAUUGGAAAAAAGCUGCUUAUCAGAAACUGGUAAAACUUCUUCCAGGGACCAAGAUGAGGAUAUACCAAAUUACAUUAAAAUCUGGAAGAAAAAGCUUGAAGAAGAAUAUAACCCCUACGCACUGGAACUGGAAAAGAGUGCAGCUGCUGACAUGGUGGUUCUGAAUUCAGAAGAGCAUCACUAAAUGCAGAUCCUAUUCUGCUGACUUUUCAAGGUUUAUAUUGUAGUAGAUCUACAAAUAUUUUAUCUAAAAUUAAAUAUCCUGGUAGGAGAGUGGCAUAACAAGACAAAAUAAUUUAAGAAAUGUUUAUUUUAAGUCAAGUAAGUAAGCUGUUCUGAAUCCCCUUAUGGAAAAUGCACACUGGAGUAUAUGAGACCCUGGCUAAUUCUUCUGUGUACUUGGCUGAUUACUAUAGCAGAUGAUAAUAGCAAACAAGUUGUUUUAACCCAGAACAACCUGAACAAGUUGGUUCAUAUUUCACAAGUUUGGCAUAUUAGUAAUGGUUUUAUGGACUUGUUAUUUUGUUAACAGUGCAAUAUACCAAAAGAAUUUGUUAGCAAGAUUGUUUGGGGAGAGAUUCCUUAUGCUGGAUGUUCGGAGCUUUGGGGAUUUGUUUUCUAUUUUUAAUUCUUGUUUAAAGAAUUCAGGCUCUUUUUAAAAAUUUGUUGUUGUUGUUUUUGUUUUGUUUUUCAUAGUUCUGCUCAGGUGGGCAGGUUGGCAUAAGUGUCACUUUAUACCCUUCAGCAGAAGGUGAAUUCUGGGCAGGCAGCUAGUUGGAAGCUAAUUAAGGAAAGUCAUGAUGUUGAAGAUAACCCGUUAGUUCUUCCCAUGUGAUGAUUUGUUGUUCUGGGAAUAUACUGCUGGUGUAAAGGAAAGAGUACUGACUAAAAAGAUCUGAAAUUCAUGAAGUAAAAAGACCCUGUUUUGCAAGUUGAUAGUCUGAACAACGAUAAUGCUUUUGCUCUCUGAUGCUACUGCAAUCAGUUCACUACAGGUCCUGCUUUCAAGCUGAAGGACGUAAGAUGGACCAGCCUGUUUUCCUGUCUGUACCUUUCCAUGCUGACAGAUUCCUCAUUCCUUCAUUUCAGGGUUAUGCUGGUGUAUGUAUGCAAGAGUUUUUAAGUCUAUAUCAGUUUGUAUCUAAGGUAGGGAAAAUUUUUAUUCUAUACAUUAAUUAAAUUUUGAAAACAGAAUGUGCUCAUAAUGAUGUGGUUGAGCGCUUUCAUGGGCAUGUGCUUACAGCUCACAGAUGUAAAAGGACAAGCCUAAGAAAGUCAUUGGAGAAGUCACAUGUAACUGAUCAGCUAUUCUGAAAAAAAGAUAUAGAUGCCCUGUGCUGCAGCCAGCAUCUCUGUAGUGCAUUUAUAAAUGCUGGAACACAUUUAACAUCCUCAUGAAGUCAGAUGUGAUAGAGAAAUCUUUAAAUUAUUCUUAGGUGACAUUGUACCUGCUUAAAAAUCUUUAAGAUAAAAGAGAGAAAAAUUAUUCCAGAUACUUCUGUUUAUUGGAUGCAGAAGGCCAAAUCUCUGAACAGCACUACAAUAAAACUACGAAAUAAGUAGGUCCACACAUUUUCAAGCUGCAGUUCUCCACUAGAAAUAAGUGAACUCAACACAAAUGUAGUCUUGAAAUUCACUCAGUGUGGAAGUGUUUGAAGUUACCGUAGUUAACGCAAUAUGUAAGAAUAACUUGGGUGUUUUGUAAGCUAUCUGUAUUUUGAGCAUUAGUCAAAAAUUCUUUAUUUGGUACAGAGGCUUUAUAACCAAAAGGCGUAUGCUUGAACAAAUGAACUUGCUUAUACCAGAAAAGAAUGUUCUUCAGAAUACUAGGAACUGAGUUCAAGGGUAAAUGCUUGGAAGGAGUGGAAGAGCGGAAGUGCCUUUUAAAUAAAGUUAUUCAAAUCUUA